AGACACCAGUGAGCCGAGCAGUGUGAGUGGGGUUGUACGCACCCUCCCGCCCUUCUCUUAGUGACUGGAUCAAAUACGUUUUCACGUUGUAAUGUUAUUGCUGGUGCUGCUGGUGCUGCGGUGCCACAUUGUUACUGCUCAAGCCGAGGAUGCGUCUGUCUCCAGCGGCAUCUCAGCAGCAGAGAUCAUCAGUCUUGGAGAUGAGGACAACGACAUGAUCGUGGGUGUUGCUGGCAUCGACUACCCAACUUACGCCCAGAUUCCUGAUACAACCUUCAGAUGCGAAGAGCAGGAUACACCUGGUUAUUACGCAGACCAGGAGACACAGUGCCAAGUAUUCCACAUCUGCGUGACAGAGGGUAGUCAUAUCCAGCGGUACUCAUUCCUCUGCCCAAAUGGCACCAUCUUCCACCAGCAGUAUAUGGUGUGUGUCUGGUGGUAUAACUUCGACUGCUCUCUGGCUUCUACCUACUACAGCAUCAAUGCUCUCAUCUUCAGUGGAGAGGAUUUGCCUCUCCUUCCACAGGCUGGGGAUUCGUUCUUUAGUGGCGGGAUUCCCUCGCAAGGUGCAGCACAGCUUAGAGGAGCUCUAGGAGGGAAACAAAUUGGUUUUAUGGGUCAGCAGUUUAGUUCGACAGCUACACUGUCUGCUUCCACAAGAUCAAGGCUUGGCUCAGAAGUACAACAAAGCAGUUCGAUGGAAGAGGGGCCUAGCUCAACGGGAAUACAAGCCAGUUUAACACAAGAAAGAACUGGUCCAGCACGAAGUCAAGCCAGUUCAACACGAGGAGGACCUGGAUCAACAGGAAGAGGAGUCAGUACAACACAAGGAGCUACUUCAACAGGAAAACAAGCUAGUUUAACACAAGGAAGAGCUGGCUCAACAGAAAAAUACACCACUUCGACACAAGAAAAAGUUGACUCUUCGCUAAACCUCGAUUCCUCACGAGACCUGGAUAGAUUUGAUAGCCCAGUUGGUGGAGACCCAGUUCACAAAGGAGGACAAUUUGAAAAUGACUUUGGUCAGAGUGGUUUCGAUUCGCCAGAUUUGCUAGGAAACCGCAUUAGAGACAAAGGAUUCAGUGCAGGAUUCAGUGGACUCAUUUCUGAAAAGAGCACGACAGCAUUUAAGUCCAUCCCAGAGCCCAGUGGCUUAGACCAUGGAGAUGGCCAAGGACCAAGGAAAUUCGGCUCAGACCAAGCCCAAAGCUACCAGUUAGAGCAAAGACAAAAGCUUAGUCCAAGUCAAAGGCAAGAUGGAGUAGAUUCAGAUGCAACACAAAAAGAAUUCAGCGUAGACGAAAAACUAGAAGGAUUCAUUUCGAAUCAAGAGCAAGGAGGUUUCAGUUCGAAUCAAGAACAAGGUUUCAGUUCGAGUCCAGAACAUGGAGGAGUUGGCUCCAUCUCAGGACAAGGAGAAUUUGAUUUAGAUCACAAUACAGAAGACUUCAUUUCAAAUAACGAUAAAGUGGUGUUCAAAUUAGUUCAAAGUAAAACAGGGUCCAGUUUAGAGCAAUCUCAAGGCGGAUUCGAUACAGAUGAAGGCAGAGGAUUCGGAACAAAUCAAAAGCAACAAGGAAAUGGCCUAGAACGAUUACAAGGAGGAAGUGGAUUAGAUCAAGUACAUAAAGGAUUCACUUCAGAUGAAGAAUAUAAAGAUUUUGAUUCAGAUCAAGGACAAGGACUUGGUAUAGGUCAAGUACAAGGGCAAGAAUCGGAUCAAGGACAAAUAAGAUUAAGUUCAGAUCAAGGACAAAUAGGAGUCACCUCAGAUCAAGGACAAAUAGGAUUCAGUUCAGCUCAAGGACAAACAGGAUUCAGUUCAGAUCAAGGACAAAUAGGAUUCAGUUCAGAUCAAGGACAAAUAGGAGUCACCUCAGAUCAAGGACAAAUAGGAUUCAGUUCAGCUCAAGGGCAAACAGGAUUCAGUUCAGAUCAAGGGCAAACAGGAUUCAGUUCAGAUCAAGGACAAACAGGAUUCAAUUCAGAUCAAGGACAAAUAGGAUUCAGUUCAGCUCAAGAACAAACAGGAUUCAGUUCAGCUCAAGGACAAACAGGAUUCAGUUCAAAUCAAGGACAAAUAGGAUUCAGUUCAGAUCAAGAGCAAAAAGGACUCAGUUCAGAUCAAGGUCAAAUAGAACUCAGUUCAGAUCAAGGACAAAUAGAGCUCAGUUCAGAUCAAGGACAAACAGGAUUCAGUUCACAUCAAGGACAAACAGGAUUCAGUUCACAUCAAGGACUAAUAGGAUUCGGUUCAGAUCAAGGACAAAUAGGAUUCAGUUCAGAUCAAGGACAAACAGGAUUCAGUUCAGAUCAAGGACAAACAGGAUUCAGUCCAGAUCAAGGACAAACAGGAUUCAGGCCAGAUCAAGGCCACGGAAAUCUCGAUGUUGAUCAAGAUAAGGGAUUUGUCUCAGGUCGAGAACACAGCACUCAGUCAGACGAACAAUAUGUAAUUGUUAGUGACCUGGGUGAAGGUGGACCUGGUAUUGACCAGGUACAAGGAGGAUUAAGUAUUGAUCAGGUACAAGGAGGAUUAAGUAUUGAUCAGGUACAACGAGGAUUAAGUAGUGACCAGGUACAAGGAGGAUUAAGUAGUGAUCAGGUACAAGGAGGAUUAAGUAUUGAUCAGGUACAAGGAGGAUUAAGUAUUAAUCAGGUACAAGGAGGAUUAAGUAGUAACCAGGUACAAGGAGGAUUAAGUAUUGAUCAGGUACAAGGAGGAUUAAGUAGUGACCAGGUACAAGGAGGAUUACGUAGUGAUCAGAUACAAGGAGGAUUAAGUAUUGAUCACGUACAAGGAGGAUUAAGUAGUGACCAGUUACAAGGAGGAUUAAGUAGUGACCAGGUACAAGGAAGAUUAAGUAUUGAUCAGGUACAAGGAGGAGUAAAUAUUGAUCAGGUACAAGGAGGAUUAAGUAGUGACCAGUUGCAAGGUGGAUUAAGUAUUGAUCAAGUACAAGGAGGAUUAAGUAUUGAUCAGGUACAAGGAGGAUUAAAUAGUGACCAGGUACAAGGAGGAAUAAGUAGUGAUCAGGUACAAGGAGGAUUAAGUAGUGACCAAGUACAAGGAGGAUUAAAUAGUGACCAGAUACAAGGAGGAUUAAGUACUGAACGGGUACAAGGAGGAAUUGGUAGCGACCAGGUACAAGGAUUUGGUAGUGACCAAGUACAAGGAAGAUUAGUUAGUGAGGUACGAGCAGGAUUGGGUACUAGUCAAGAACACGCAGGAUUGGGUACUAGUCAAGAACAAGCAGGAUUGGGUACUAGUCAAGAACAAGCAGGAUUGCGUUCUAGUCAAGAACAAGAAGGAUUGAAUAAUCAAGUACUAUCAGGAUUGGGUGUUGAUCAGGUACUAGCAGGAUUGGUUAGUGACCAGUUACAAAGUGGAAUCAGCCUCAAUGAAGGACAUGGAGGAAUUGAUUCAGAUCAAGUACAAAGACACCAGUAUAAUUCAGGCUCAGCAGCAGUCACUAGUGACCAAGGACACGGACACGCAAAGGUAUCAGAUGGAACACAAGAAGGCUCUUUAAUAGCAGAUAAGAAACAAAUAGUAGUAGUAGUAGCUACUAGCCAGGAGAAAGAUUACCAAACAAGUCAAGGACCGUCUGCCCUUCUUAGUGGUCAAGAAGAGGCAGGAUUUGUUAGUGAUCAAGAACAGGGAGGAUUUGUUAGUGAUCAAGAACAGGGAGGAUUUGUUAGUGAUCAAGAACAGGGAGGAUUUGUUAGUGAUCAAGAACAGGGAGGAUUUGUUAGUGAUCAAGAACAGGGAAGAUUUGUUAGUGAUCAAGAACAGAGAGGAUUUGUUAGUGAUCAAGAAGAGGUAGGAUUUGUUAGUGAUCAAGAACAGGGAGGAUUUGUUAGUGAUCAAGAACAGGGAGGAUUUGUUAGUGAUCAAGAACAGGGAAGAUUUGUUAGUGAUCAAGAACAGAGAGGAUUUGUUAGUGAUCAAGAACAGAGAGGAUUUGUUAGUGAUCAAGAACAGAGAGGAUUUAUUAGUGGUAAAGAACAGGGAGGAUUUGUUAAUGAUCAAGAACAGGGAGGAUUUGUUAUUGGUCAAGAACAGGGAGGAUUUGUUAGUGGUCAAGAACAGGAAGGAUUUGUUAGUGGUCAAGAACAGGGAGAUUUAGUUAGUGGUCAAGAACAGGGAGGAUUUGUUAGUAGUCAAGAACAGAGAGGGUUAGUUAGUGGUCAAGAACAGGAAGGAUUUAUUAGUGGUCAAGAACAGGGAAGGUUAGUUAGUGGUCAAGAACAGGGAGGGUUAGUUAGUGGUCAAGAACAGGGAGGAUAUAAUAUUGGAGAAGGUCAGGGAGGAUUUGUUAGAGGUCAAGAACAGGGAGGAUUUGUUAGUAGUCAAGAACAGGGAGGAUUUAUUAGUGGUCAAGAACAGGGAGGGUUAGUUAGUGGUCAAGAACAGGGAGGGUUAGUUAGUGGUCAAGAACAGGGAACGUUAGCUAGUGGUCAAGAACUGGGAGGAUUUGUUAGUGGUCAAGAACAGGGAGGGUUAGUUAGUGGUCCAGAGCAGGGAGGGUUAGUUAGUGGUCAAGAACUGGGAGGAUUUGUUAGUGGUCAAGAACAGGAAGGAUUUAUUAAUGAUCAAGAACAGGGAGGAUAUAAUAUUGGAGAAGGUCAGGGAGGAUUUGUUAGAGGUCAAGAACAGGGAGGAUUUGUUAGUAGCCAAGAACAGGAAGGAUUUAUUAGGGGUCAAGAACAGGGAGGGUUAGUUAGUGGUCAAGAACAGGGAGGGUUAGUUAGUGGUCAAGAACAGGGAAGGUUAGUUAGUGGUCAAGAACAGGGAGGAUUUAUUAGUGGUCCAGAGCAGGGAGGGUUAGUUAGUGGUCAAGAACUGGGAGGAUUUGUUAGUGGUCAAGAACAGGGAGGGUUAGUUAGUGGUCAAGAACAGGGAGGAUUUAUUAGUGGUCAAGAGCAGGGAGGGUUAGUUAGUGGUCAAGAACUGGGAGGAUUUGUUAGUGGUCAAGAACAGGGAGGGUUAGUUAGUGGUCAAGAACAGGGAGGAUUUAUUAGUGGUCAAGAGCAGGGAGGGUUAGUUAGUGGUCAAGAACUGGGAGGAUUUGUUAGUGGUCAAGAACAGAGAGGGUUAGUUAGUGGUCAAGAACAUGGAGGAUUUGUUAGUGGUCAAGAACAGAGAGGGUUAGUUAGUGGUCAAGAACUGGGAGGAUUUGUUAGUGGUCAGGAACAGGGAGGAUUUGUUAGUGGCCAAGAACAGGGAGGAUUUGUUAGUGGUCAAGAACAGAGAGGGGUAGUUAGUGGUCAAGAACAGGGAGGAUUUGUUAGUGGUCAGGAACAGGGAGGAUUUGUUAGUGGUCAAGAACAGGGAGGAUUUGUUAGUGGUCAAGAACAGGGAGGAUUUGUUAGUGGUCAAGAACAGGGAGGAUUUGUUAGUGGUCAAGAACAGGGAGGAUUUGUUAGUGGUCAAGAACAGGGAGGAUUUGUUAGUGGUCAAGAACAGGGCGGAUUUGUUAAUGGUCAAGAACAGGGAGGAUUUGUUAGAGGUCAAGAACUGGGAGGAUUUGUUAGUAGUGAAGAACAGAGAAGGUUAGUUAGUGGUCAAGAACAGGGAGGAUUUAUUAGUGGUCAAGAACAGGGAGGGUUAGUUAGUGGUCAAGAAAAGGGAGGGUUAGUUAGUGGUCAAGAACUGGGAGGAUUUGUUAGUGGUCAAGAACAGGGAGGAUUUGUUAGUGGUCAAGAACAGGGAGGGUUAGUUAGUGGUCAAGCACUGGGAGGGUUUGUUAAUGGUCAAGAACAGGGAGGGUUAGUUGGUGGCCAAGAACAGGGAAGAUUAGUUAUUGGUCAAGAACUGGGAGGAUUUGUUAGUGGUCAAGAACAGGGAGGGUUAGUUAGUGGUCAAGAACAGGGAGGAUUUGUUAGUGGUCAAGAACAGGAAGGGUUAGUUAGUGAUCAAGAACAGGGAGGGUUAGUUAGUGGUCAAGAACAGGGAGGGUUAGUUAGUGGUCAAGAACAGGGAGGAUUUGUUAGUGGUCAAGAACAGGGAGGAUUUAGCAGUGGACAUAAACAGGAAGGACAUCCAGGAGAUCAAGAUGUGCAUGGAGUAUUAGGUCUUAGCCAGGGACUAGAACAAAGAGGUUAUGAAUCAGACAAAGGACGAGGAUUAUUGAACACAGUUCAAAGCCAUGAUGGCACUCAGAAUGAUGGAAGCUAUCAGGGAAAUAAGGGUCAUACGGCACUGGGUUUAGUCCAGAUCCAAAAUGGUUUGGGUCUCAGAAGUUCCGUGGGUGACUUGAGAGAGAGUAUUGCUGGCCAGUCUGAGACUAGUUUUGGGAACGGAGAAAGUUUCACUGGUCAAACUAAAUUUAGAGUAGGCCAGACGCAAACAAAUUUAAGUUCCCCGAGUCAGCGUGACUUUGUUUCUGAUCAAAUCAGUGGACACAUCGUCGGGCCCGACCAAAAUACACUUCAGCAAAGCAACUUCGGUCACUUUGUAAUCACUGGCCAGGGCCAACUUAUCCAAGAUUCGAAGACACAGGGAGUGCAAGAAGCAUAUAACAAUGCCUCCCCAACGCCAGUCUUGCCUUCUAUUCAUCGAGUUCCCUCACCGUCACAAGAUUCAAGUUCUGACUUCAGAUCUAGUCAAUUUGAUUCUCAAGUCGUGAGGCUAGAAAGUGAGGGUCUCAUUGUUGACGACAAAUUCUCGUCUGAUGUAAUAACUCCUCAAAAUAAUGAGUUUCAGGUCAACAAUAAUUUCCAGAGUACCAGCGGUAAUAAUUUCCAGGUUGCAGGUAUCUUUACUACUAGUCCUGUGGAUAGUAACAAAGAUGUGGGCUAUCAGACAGGUGCUCAAGACCAGGCUGGUCAUGUCCUUCCAAAUGUAGUUUUCUCUACCACAGGAAAUGUUCUGGGGAGUGAGAUUUUCUUAGCAGAUAACAUAUCAACACAUGAAGCUUUUCUAAACAGCCAAAUCAAUCAGAACCAAUUUCAAAACCAGAAUCAAUUCCGGAACAACCAAGUGAAUGAAUUCCAAAAGGAAAGCAAAUUGCAGACCCCUGGAAGCCAUCUUCAUGGCACUCAGAACCUGUUCCAGAGCAGCCAAGGUCAGUUCCAGAAACAAUAUCAGUUACAAAUCAGCCAGAGUCAGGACCAAAGCACCCAGAGUCGAUUCAAGGAUAUUCAGGAUCAUUUCAAAAAUAAUCAAAUUCCUCUGCAGAAUAUUAUUGUGCAAAAGGCAACCGAAGUACACGCAUCACAAGACUUUAAUUACAAUACUCCGUCGCCACACUUCCCCAAGUCUGAAAAUGCGGCAGAUCUUACGAGCAGUAUCAACGAAGGCUUCCAGGAAUCUGCCCAAGGUGUCUCGCCUAAUCCAUCCGUUUCUACUGUAAACUCUGGAUUUUUAACUGACGUUCAUUCAAGUAUUUCCAACCAAAUCGAAUCAGCUCCUAGCUAUAACGAUGACACAUUUGCGCAAACAUUCACCCCACUUCAACCAGAGACUUCCAACCUUCCGGCAGACUCUGUUAGGUCUGGUGUCUCUGGGUUACAAGGUCUCAAUCUUCUGCAAACGAGUUCUCAGGGUGGAAGUGAUGCCUCAGGAGCCAGAAUAGUUUCUUCGUCAGGGGCCACUAACACCGCAUUUGAAAUCAGUCCUCUGAGCACGUUAAUUCCUCCUACCAGGGAGUUUACCCCUUCCGCAGCUGACAAUCCACAGAAUUCCGUGUUUGUAUUCCAGUCGUCAAGUAGAGACGAUCCCUCUCAGAGUUCAUUCUCCCAGUCUCCCGCUCCUCUUUCCUUUGUUAAUAACUUCAAGCAGGAGGUUGCAGCUCCCAGUACCCAAAAUAAGCAAUCACCAUUUACUUUAACAGCCAAACAUAGUGCUGUGCCCUCUAUUGACCUGUCUGGUCUGCAGUUAGGGUACCUUCCACCUGCUAUUGGUAUCUCAAAGGUCAAUACCAAUACCAUCAUUUCGUCUCCCUCUUCCUCAUCGUUAUCUCCAUCUUCUCAAGGCUUUCUCACUUCAGCACCAGCAGGGGUCUCUACUACUUCCUCAUCGUCGCCAUUCUCAGGAUCUUUUUCCUCUUCAGUCUCUGUGAGUGGUCAAGGGCCUUACCAAGGCGCUUCUCAAGGGUCGGCAUCAGUCUCAAGUUCUACUUCAGCCUCCUCCCAAACUCAUGGGUCAUCAUUUUCCUCAUCUCCGGCCUCAUUCCUGUCAAUUUCUUCUUCUCCUUCGGCAUCUGCACCGCAUGGUUCACCUUCAGCGUUUUCAGUUUCUCCAGCAUUUAUACAUCCUUUAUUCUCCACAUCAUUAGCAUCUCUUCCCUCCUCCUCUUCCUCCUCUUCUACGGGCGUAGCAUCACCCCUGCCUACGUCUUCCUCGUCUGGACUCUUAACCAGCGGGAACCAGCAGCAGGGUAAUAAAAUCCUCUUAACGAAUGGCAACAGCAUUAUGAUUGGAGCUCCAAGGGGAGUGGUGCUGCCGCUAGAGAAACACUAUCUCCCACCAGCAGCCAGAGACGCCUCUCGUGACACCCGUGAAAUCACCAGCCAUGAAACAAAGAUUUAUGUCACUCCCGUCCCGCCAGUGGAAAACAGGAUGAAACAACAGCGGAUUCUCCAUAGGCCAAUAAGCCGUCGAGUCUUCCGCCCAUCAGUACAGGUUACCGAAGACAUGAACAUGGAAGAGUUUACACCGAAGAAGCUUCCGUUGGGGAGGCUCUUCCGCUCUUCCAGCAUGAAGAAUAACGGAAACAGAAGUACUUACGUGCGCAGCUCAAGCAAGUCCGAAGCGACGUCAUCGCCAGUCAAUAACUACAGGCUGUCCUGGAAGCCUAGUAGAGCGAGCCAAACAUAAAUUAUUUCUUCGUGUAGACCGUAUUUUGACGACGGAGAUGAAUUUCGAAAGUCAUGUUAUUUGGUGCGAAUUUAGAUGUAAGUUAGGUUAAGUUGCCAGGCGUAUUGACUAAUACCAGAGCCUAGUGCUGUGCACUGCUCUUUCUACCCAGUCUUUCUGUACAGAAUCCUUGUAUUACACUGUUGAUAUCAGGAAAAUCAAAGUUGUCCCCACAAAAAAAAAAACUCGAACUACAAGGAUUCUGUGCUCUUGUAAUUAAAUUAUUAACUAAUUUCCUACCUGGGGCACCCUCGUAGCUGGUCAGCGAGGAAGGUCGUUGUUGUGAUAGGACAGUGUCUGUUGUUAGUGUGUGUGCUUCUCAAGUGUAU